GAUCCAAACGCGUCUUGUGAAUUUUGGAGUUGGCCCAUGCGUUUGUGUUCAAGUUACCACCAGAUGUCCUCCGCAAUACCGCCAACCUCACGGCUAGAGGAGCUACAGCCAAUAUGGACCCCCUCAACAGCAAACAAGCAGGUGGCAGACCGAAUCGCAAUGUUCGGGAACGAGGCCAUGAAUGGCUGACCAAGGGUGGUGUGGUCCACGACGACUCUGACGAUGAAUUGGGCUACGAAGACCACCCUUGGGAGUGGGUUUAUGAACCUGAAGAAGAACAAGAUGGUGACCAAGACGCUACGGAUUCAGUCCAGCAUGAUGCAGAUAGCCAGCCACGUCGAAGGCGAUCCUCACGGCCAGCUACAAGAAAGGCGCGCAAGAUCAUCGCAGCCCGGAUGGGUUCUUUCGAAUGCAAGCUGGGUCAAGUCAUCCUGCUGAAAUCGCCUGAGGCUGGAAAGGACUGGGUCGGCAUUAUAUCUGAAUUCUUGGAAGAUGAAAGUGAGGAUACUGGGGAACCAGUCAAGUCGGUCAACGUCAUGUGGUUUGCCUCCCCGGACGAAUUCCUUUCCACGAGGAAUAAGAAGCGCGCAGAUGCAUUGCCCAACGAGCAAUACCUCACGGCCGAUUUCAACGUGAACCCUUUGACCUCUAUCAACGGGAAGGCUACUGUUAUGUCCAAAGAUGCCUUUUAUGCCAAGUAUCCGAACGGUGCGCCGCCGAAGGGGAAGGAGGCGCUGGCGGAGUACAACCGGUCCAUAAUUUGCAGAAGGGGUGUCAACCAGCUACAGGGUCGAUAUACCCAAGAGUUUGUCUGGGAAGACGUAUACAAAGAAGAUAGUGAGGCAGUAUUCGAACUCAUUGAUAUGGUCAAAGCUGGGUUGAAAGCAGCUAAGAAGCGCAAGGCUGCCGACGAAGAUUAUGUUGACAGGAAGGAUAACGACGUCCCUCCGACUACACCAAGGAAACGACAGAAGAUGACAGCUCUCAAUGUGACACCUCAGUCGCAGCGGAAAAAGACCCUUACUACGCCUUCCAAUAAGCGGAUUGUUAUAAAGAAACCCCUUGAGUUUACGCCCCUCGGUACCCGCAUGCUCUCACCGACUCACUUCGCUUCCUCUCCAUAUGUUCAAGCACGUACCCUACUUCACGUCUCAAGUGUUCCGGCCUCUCUCCCAUGCCGAAACGCUGAGUUCGAGACAGUCUACGCACACCUAAGCGCUGCCAUUUCCGAGGGAACGGGAACGUGUAUCUAUAUCUCAGGGACUCCGGGAACAGGGAAGACAGCGACAGUUCGUGAAGUUGUCGCACAGCUCAAUGCUGCUGUGCUGGCGGAGGAGAUGGACGAUUUCAUAUUCGUCGAGAUCAACGGCAUGAAAGUCACGGACCCGCACCAGUCUUAUUCAUUGCUCUGGGAGGCUCUGAAAGGUGACCGAGUAUCUCCCUCUCACGCCCUCGACCUCCUUGAACGAGAGUUCUCUCACCCUUCGCCUCGAAGAGUACCAUGUGUGGUUCUCAUGGACGAGCUUGAUCAACUGGUCACAAAGAACCAAUCAGUGAUGUACAACUUUUUCAACUGGCCUGCUCUCCGCCAUUCCCGUCUGAUUGUUCUCGCCGUUGCGAACACCAUGGAUCUUCCGGAGCGGACGUUGAGCAACAAGAUCUCAAGUCGUCUUGGUCUCACUAGAAUUACGUUUCCCGGUUACAAACACACUGAUCUUAUGGAGAUCAUCGGAUCACGACUGGCCAAUGUCCCAGGAAACAUUGUCGACCCGGAUGCUAUUCAGUUCGCCAGUCGCAAAGUCGCCGCAGUCAGCGGAGAUGCCCGACGAGCGCUGGACAUCUGCCGCAGAGCCGUAGAGAUUGCGGAGCAAGCGAGUGAGGCUACAACUGCGAAGGCCGAAGGGGAAGACACUACAGAUAUGGACGAUGUAGAAUCGCUUCCACCAACACCAUCAAAGACGCCCGCACGGCAGAACAAGGCUCUGUCGAAACGUCUCCAGAAAUCACAAACCGAGUCUCCUCGGAAGAAGCCACAGCCCAACGCUAUGCCUCGUGUCACGAUAGCAACAAUCAAACAAGCCAUCAACGAAGCCACUUCCACUCCCCUUCAGCAAUCCCUCCGAACUCUACCCUUGUCCGCCAAGCUCUUCCUCGCUGCGCUUCUUGCACGCGCACGACGCACUGGCAUAUCUGAGUCCACGCUCGGGGAUGUCCUCGACGAAGCAAGACGCAUCGCCGAUGCAGCCGUCGCUGUCGCUGGCGCUGCUGGAACAAGCAUCAAACAGUUCCUUCUUGGCGGGUCCACCGGUGCGCGUGUGAAAGCGAUGGGAUUCGCAGCCAUGGAACUAAUGGAUUCGGGUGUCGUGGUGUUAGAGACCAGAAUCGGUAUGAAAGGUGCUCUAGGCACAGGACUCUUAGGCAGAGGUGACAGGAGUGGUAAGGUCAGACUACGCGUUGCUCCAGAAGAUGUGAGAGCUGCAUUUAGAGAAGAUCCAGAGGCAAAAGGUCUGGGUUUGGGAUUUGAUCAGUGAUAAUCCCCUUUUCCCCUUUUCUAUUUAUCAUGCCACCGGGUUAUGAAGAUGGCUAUGGAUGAAAAUAAGCAGAGGCAUCAAACCGGCGUUUUUUCUUGGAAUGAUACCCUCCCAUAAGACUUUAUUAUCAGAUAGAUGGAUCGAUUCGAAUCGCGCGAAAUUGUAUUAUUAUGGUUCAGAUAGAACAAUAUAAAAAAUUCAAGGA